AGUGCAUGAGUGUUCAGUGGAGAUUGGGUCAUGUCUGGUCUUUUGGGUGUCCAGUGUGUGCUGCUGCUCUGGGGCUGCCUUAUGCUGCCCAGGCUGUCCCAUGAAGCUGUGCUGGUUUCUCUGGAGGAAGCAGCUAACACAGAGCUUGCAAAUGGAGCCCCAAGAUCAUUGCAGAAAAGAAGCACUGACAACAAUAUGGUGGAGGUGUACAGCGUGACGGUGGACUGUGCGGUUACCUCACGUUUCGCUCACACCGUCAUGACAUCCAAGGCCAUGAACAAGGCCAACAGCUCACAGGAAAUCUUCUUUCAGGUGGAGCUCCCCAAGACUGCAUUCAUCACCAAUUUCAGCAUGGAAAUUGAUGGCCGGGUGUAUGUAGGUGUGGUGAAGGAGAAGGAAAAAGCAAAGAAAGAGUACGAGACUGCUGUCAAAGCAGGACAAACCGCUGCACUGGUGAAGGCUUCAGGAAGAAAGAUGGAGAAGUUUUCUGUGUCUGUUAACAUUGCUGCCUUAACUAAUGUAACAUUCACGCUGACACAUGAAGAACUACUACAGAGAAAACGGGGCCAGUAUGAGAUUCUGACCCGAGUUCAGCCCAAACAGCGCGUUCAAGAGUUUAAGAUUGUUACAAACAUCUAUGAACCCCAGGGAAUUUCACAAGUUGAUGUCCACUCCACUUUCCUAUCCAAUGAGCUGCUUCCCCUAGUGGAGAAAACUGUAACAGACACAAAAGCACACAUCUCCUUUUCACCAACACUGGAGCAGCAGAGGAGUUGUCCAGACUGUGAAGGGACUUUGAUUAAUGGAGAUUUUAUUGUAAAAUAUGACGUGAAGAGAGAAAAGGACCUUGGAGAUAUACAGAUUAUCAAUGGAUACUUUGUGCAUUACUUUGCUCCCUCUAAAUUACGCCCUGUCCCAAUGAAUGUGGUGUUUGUCAUUGACACGAGCGGUUCCAUGUAUGGCAGAAAGAUUGCACAGACAAGAGACGCAAUGUUAGAAAUCCUCCAAGACCUGCAGGAACAGGAUCACUUUGGUAUUAUCACAUUUGAUCAUCGGAUCAUGCCCUGGCAACCAACAAUGCAACAAGCAACCAACCAAACUGUGGAAGAAGCAAAGAGGUUCAUCAGGGCAUUACGUGACAAUGGAGGGACAGAUAUUAAUGAUGCCGUGUUGAAAGCUGUUGAGAUGAUUCAUACAGCAAGGAGAUCUGAAAAACUUCCCCAAAGAAGUGCUGAUACAAUUAUCCUACUGACCGAUGGCAUGCCCAAUUCAGGGGAAAGUGACACUGCCAUUAUCCAAAAAAAUGUUGAAAAAGCUAACAACAGAAAUAUGUCUCUGUACUGUCUCGGCUUUGGGAAUGAUGUACAGUACUCUUUCCUUGAUGUGAUGGCCCAAGAGAACAAGGGAUUUGCCCGCAGAAUUUUUGAGGAUUCCGACGCAGCUAUACAACUACAAGAUUUCUACGAAGAAGUGUCCAGUCCUCUGCUGUUAGAGGUUGAUUUGAAAUAUCCUGUCAACACUGUGGACUUCUUGACCACAAACCACUUCAACCAUUUGUUCAACGGUGCGGAGAUCAUAGUGGCCGGUCGACUGAUGGACGCUAGCAUUGAUAACUUUCCUGUGGAAGUUUUUGGAGUUGGGAAUGAAGACUAUCAGGUGCAGGGCCAGGCCAGUGUUCUUGACUGGGGUGUGAUGUAUCCAGAUGAGGAGUACAUCUUUGGUGACUUUACUGAACGCCUGUGGGCAUACCUCACCAUUCAACAGCUUCUAGACAAGAGCAAGACUGACAGUGGUCUAGAAAAGGAGAACAGUAAAGCCAAAGCACUGGAGAUGUCCCUGAAAUAUAAUUUUGUGACCCCUCUCACAUCCAUGGUUGUAACCAAACCAGAAUCUGAUGAUCCACCAUUAGUGGCUGAUAAGUUGACGGAGGAACAGCGUCAAAUGGCAGAGAGAAUGAUACCGAAACAUACAAGCUAUCCAACCCAUACAAGCUAUGUGCCUCACAGAUACACACAUCCUACUUAUCUUGCAUUUCCAAAUCCUGUAGUGGAUGGGGACCCUCACUUCCUGAUCGAGCUGCCAGAUAGAGAAGACGCUUUAUGUUUCAACAUUAACAACAAACCUGGGACUAUCUUUACUUUAGUCAAAGACCAAGAAUCUGGUAUUCUCGUAAAUGGACAGAUAAUUGGAGAUAAGGCAAUCCCCCCUGGUGGUCAAAUCAACACAUAUUUUAGUCGCUUUGGAAUUGUCCAUAAAGCAUUGGGAGUAAAACUGGAGGUGAGCACUCAGGACAUCUCUGUGUUCCAGGACAGCAAAUGGGUCUCUCUUCUGUGGUCUGGUACAGCAUCCCUUAAGGGACCCAAUCUGGAUUUACUGUUGACCAAAGACCGCAGCUUGACAGUGACUUUAAAAGACUCUGUGAAGUUUGUGAUCUUAUUACAUAAAGUGUGGGAGAAGCACCCAUACAACAGAGACUACCUGGGCUUCUACACUCUAGACAGCCAUCUUUUGUCCCCUAAUGUCCAUGGUCUUCUAGGUCAGUUUUAUCAUAGCAUUGAGUUUGAAGUGUCCGACAUGCGUCCAGGAGAAUCCCCAGAGAAACCAGAUGCCACUAUGUUUGUAAAAGGACACCAGCUCAAUGUGACCAGAGGUUGGCAGAGAGAUUUCAGGAAUAAUAUAAAGAAUGGAGUGAAGAUCCCCUGCUGGUUCAUCCACAACAACGCCACAGGCCUCAUUGAUGGAGAAGCAAAUGAUUACAUUGUGUCAGGUCUUUUCAAGACUUUUUAAAUGCAGUUUAAAAGCAAUUCAGAUCACCAAUAAUUACACAUCAGG